AUGAAAUGUUCUACUGCCAUUGAUUUGACUAGAAUCAAUGAUUAUUUGCCAACUCUCUCAAAUUUUCCUGAAGAAGAAGAAGUACUUCUUCUUCGAUUUACUUUAUUCAAAGUGAAUUCAAUUGAAGUCGACAUUCAAACGAGACAAUAUCUUAUUAAUCUUAUUAAUGUUCCUACAAAAGAUGCCAAUAUUCGAAUUACUACAACAACUAGUUCAAAAAUAGAAUUUCUUGAUGUACAAGUUGAAAAUAAUCAUGGACAACUAAGAACUUCAGCAUUUCAUAAAGCAGCAGCUGAACCCUAUAUUAUACCAUUUUUAUCAGAUCAUCCACGUCCUGUUCAUCGUAAUACGAUCAAAGGACAAUUAAUUCGAGCAGCACGUCUCUGUUCUCAUGUCGAAGAUUUUAACAACGAAAGAUUGAAUAUUGAAUUUACUUUACUAUUAAAUGACUAUCCACCAAGAUUUAUUUCUUAUCAUUUUAAAAAAUUCUUUCAACAAAAUAAUAUUUCACUCUUAAUGGAAGAACUAGAUCAAACAAUAUAUCAAAGGUUUCACCGACAUUUAAUAAAUAAACCAACACGAAGAGAACAUCAAAUGCAGCAACAAGCAUCAAAUAUAAGUCAAUGUCAAUAUACAAAUAAGAAAGCGAUUCGUGUAUAUUAUACUUUUGAAACUGGUCCAAUGUUGAAAUUCAGCGAUGAAUUACGAAGUCUAUGGAAAAAACACUAUCAAGAUAAUCAUCCAAUUAUGAAACAUGUCGCUAUACAGAUAGGUACAAUAUCCAAUAGAAAUCUAAAUCAAUUACUGGUCAAAAAGAAACCGCCUGAAGCAAUGUUAAUCCAUGUUUCACGCAAUACCACGACAACAGCACAGGAUUAA